AUGGGAUCUUCUGAUUUCAGUUCCGGUCGGAAUGUCAACAUGUCCGCCACUUCCUCAAAUAAUGUAUCGGCUGCUUCGUCCCCAGGUCUUAAAGGCCCUGUGGAUUCUCCGCUAGAUCAGCCUACUGAGGAAAUCCUGCCUAGAGAUCGUCAGCAAAAGACUGCUACCUACGACUAUGCCUAUGAGAAGUCCAUGAGCCAUGCUGAGGCUAAACUAUUCUACCAGCAUCACCAGCUAGCCUCACGCGGUGACAACCCCUUGCCCCCGAGCCCGGUCACUACAGCCCGGUCAACGGCCGAUUCGCAUCCCCAAGAACCACCAAUCCACCAGCUGGACUCGAUGCAGAGUCAGAUCUCCCAGGAGGGUUCAAUGGUCCUUGAUUCGGAUCCAACGACACUACACCUGCAGUCCCCUAGGGACCAUGAUUCAUCGGCGCACGACCUUGAGGACCAGGAUAUCGCCAAUCAUUCCGCCCGAAACCAGGCCGCGCAUUUGGGUGCUGCUCAUGGCCAGGACGCAUACCUUUCAGCAGCGGAGAGUCUGCAUAGCGCCAACGUGGGCAUUGGGGCACCGCAGGUGCCCAGCGGGUUUGCGCCGGGCAAUGAUGCCGUGACUUCGGAGCUGAAUGCCAUUUAUCGCAAAAUCAAGAAGCUUCUUGAUCGUCGGGCCCAGUACAUGGAGCUUUCGUUGCAGGGUCCCGGGAUGGACCCGAGGGAUCAACCAGACUGGGAGAUCUACCCGCCACCCCCAGAGCCAGCAUGGGAUGACGGUAAAGAAUAUCAACCCGGUAAUGUAGGUGGACCCUCCGAUGUCACGGGCAAAAAGAGGAAAAUGGGUCAGGACAUUGGAGAGGAUUUCGACAUGGAGGAAGUAAUGCCUCUUCCCGAGGAAUCAUCGUGGACGUAUAGACUGGAUGGGAACAGCGUGUACCAGGUCUUUGAAUCUGAAACCGCCGCUGACGAGCAGAAGCCUAUCGUCCAGAUACCCUCGUUGCGCGAUUUCUAUAUGGAUCUCGAUGCCAUUGUGGACGUGUCGACAGAUGGGCCUGCUAAGAGCUUUGCCUUUAAGCGGCUUUCAUACUUGGAAGGCAAAUUCCAUCUUUACACGCUGCUCAACGAAUACCAGGAGAUCGCGGACAGCAAGAAGGUCCCUCACAGGGACUUUUACAACGUGCGUAAGGUGGAUACUCACGUCCAUCAUUCUGCUUGCAUGAAUCAGAAGCAUCUUCUCCGUUUCAUCAAGAGCAAGAUGAGAAAGUCUCCAGACGAAGUUGUUCUCUUCCGAGAUGGAAAGCAUCUGACCUUGAGGGAGGUCUUUGAAAGUAUCAACUUAACUGCUUAUGACCUCAGCAUUGAUACAUUGGACAUGCAUGCACACACUGACUCUUUCCAUCGAUUCGACAAAUUCAAUUUGAAAUAUAAUCCGGUGGGCGAAUCGCGUUUACGUGAAAUCUUCCUCAAGACCGACAACUACAUUAAGGGCCGCUAUCUGGCAGAAAUUACCAAGGAGGUGAUCUCAGAUUUGGAAUCUAGCAAAUAUCAGAUGGUGGAAUGGCGGAUCUCGAUCUACGGUCGAUCCAUUCAGGAAUGGGACAAGCUUGCAGCCUGGGUGGUGGACAACAAGUUGUUCUCACCCAAUGUCCGUUGGCUUAUCCAAGUGCCUCGUCUGUAUGAUGUGUACAAGUCUAGUGGCAUGAUGGAGAACUAUGAGCAGGUGAUCACCAACGUCUUCCAGCCCUUGUUCGAAGUGACCAAGGACCCCUCAAGUCAUCCAAAGCUUCAUAUCUUCCUCCAGCGCGUGGUAGGAUUUGACAGUGUAGAUGACGAGAGCAAGGCCGAGCGCCGGCUCUACAGGAAGUAUCCUAUUCCUCGAGAAUGGAAUACCAAGCAGAAUCCGCCCUACACUUAUUGGCUCUAUUUCAUGUUCGCCAACAUCGCCUCCCUCAACAAUUGGCGCAAGCGUCGUGGAUUCAACACCUUUGUCCUUCGACCGCAUUGCGGUGAGGCGGGCGACCCAGACCAUUUGGCUGUCGGCUUCCUCUGCUGCCAUAGUAUCAGUCACGGUAUUUUGCUCCGCAAAGUACCACUUCUGCAAUAUCUCUACUAUCUGGAUCAAAUUGGUAUUGCCAUGUCGCCGCUCAGUAACAACGCGCUGUUCCUCACAUACGACAAGAAUCCAUGCGCUAGCUUCUUCAAACGAGGACUCAAUGUGUCAUUGUCCACCGAUGAUCCUUUGCAGUUUGCCUUCACGAAGGAACCCUUGAUUGAGGAAUAUUCGGUCGCAGCACAGAUCUACAAAUUUAGCGCAGUUGACAUGUGCGAACUCGCUAAACAUUCAGUUCUCCAAAGUGGAUUUGAGCUUUCACUGAAGGCGAGAUGGCUUGGUUCAAACUGCUCAUUGCCAGGAGUUGCUGGUAAUAAUGUUGCAAAGAGUAAUGUCCCAGACAUUCGUGAGGCGUUCCGACAUGAGACUCUGCUUGGAGAAUUGUCUUUGAUUGAAAGUCACUCCGAAAGCACUGUAUCCCUGGAACAGAAGGGUUUGGCUCUAGGCUUUAUUCCAAAUCAGCCCAUGAACAAAUCAGGAGGUACCAUGUCUGCGAACAACGCUCCUGCACCCAAACCACGUUCCGAAUCCCGUUCUAGUGUGGCUGGCACUGAUAUUUCACAGAGUGAGCUUCCAAUUCAAAUGGCAACCUCCCCUUCAUCGACCCAUUUGGCCCGAUCUCCUAGCAGCGCUGCUCUUGGGAGUGUUGGUGGAGCAGAUGGUUUACCUGAGCAGAAGAUAUUCCCAGGCAUCGUUCACGAGAGGGCUCGCAAAGGAAACAUGCACUAA